UUCAGACCUGGUUGCUUGUUUCUCUGGGGAUCUGGCAACAAUGCCGCCGGCGCGCGAGUCAAAGCUCGAGACUUUGCAGAGCAGCAGAGAAUCGGACGGAGCGAACGGCACGCGUUGUUUCUGUUGACCACAGGACUACCUCGUUUCUUGUUUCCUACCUUUCGGCGUCUAUUAUAAUCGACUCUUAUCGAUUAUUGUCACAUUGUUUCUUUUAAUGCCCCAAACCGGUUGUGUUUCUUGUUUUUCCAGUCGAACUCUAAUUCAUUGGGUAAGUCUUGGUGGACAUCCUCACCGUUGUUGCAGGACUGGACCUCACAUUUACGUGAAUGUUUUGGAUGAAUAAAACGUUACGUGAAUGUUUUGGGUGAACGAAAAGUUUGAUUUUGGACCUCAGAAAACGUUUCCUGCACUAACGCUGACGGACGACACUUUUGUGUGCUGAAUGACUGAGUUAUUUGUUCAGGGUGGAUGUUCAGUGUCUCAUCGGGAGUCAAAAUACAACUUGGGAUCCUUGAUAGAAAUGCUAAUGCUGCGGUUGAUGGAGAAACAUUUCUAAAAAAUCACCCGCAGUGGACCUGGCGCCCCGCAUCAGUCUGCGUGCACUUCAAAACCUUCAACUUCACCACAUCCACAAUCAUAACAUUGUUUGAAAUUCACCUCGAAUCAGAUUCAUACAUUGAGCAUAUGGCAGUGCCUUCUCAAAUCUGACAAUACUUGCGACUUUCAUUUGAGGUCAUUGCUUGCUUUGAAUGGAACAAAGGAGGUUGAUGUUUCUGAAUCUGAUUUCUUCCACAAACAUUCAGAGAUUUGAGCUCCGGGUGUUUCAGAUGUGGAUGUUGCGGUCACAGCACCUCCUCAAGCGCUGAGGGAUCUGGUGAAGUUCAGCCCUCUACUAGUCUUUUGUCUCUAUUAGGUCCCAUUCAUUUGUCUUAUAAGAGGAACAUGGGAAUCCAGACGAGGGGAGCCUGGGUGGCCAUGGCGUUCUCGGACUGGGUCAGUGCUUUGGGAUUUCUAUUAAUCUUCCUGAUGGAGAGUUUAGCAGUGGAUGCGACCAACAUGGAGCCAGUCUACUGGAACACUUUAAAUAGAAGGUUUGGAGAUGAGCGAGGCUACAUUCUCUACCCUCAGAUAGGUGAUCGCCUGGACCUUGUGUGUCCUGCCACGAGUCCCGCGGGACCAAACUCUCCUCCUGAGUAUGAGUUUUAUAAACUGUACCUGGUGUCCACACGAGAGCAGGCCGACAGGUGUGAGGUGAUGGGGGCUCCGAAUCUGCUGCUCACCUGCGACAAACCCAACAGCGAUAUGAGGUUUACCAUCAAGUUCCAGGAGUAUUCGCCCAAUCUGUGGGGUCACGAGUUCAAGAACUUACGAGACUACUACAUUAUUGCUACCUCUGAUGGAACCAAAGAAGGUAUCGACAGCAUGAGAGGAGGCGUUUGUGUGACGCGAGGGAUGAAGCUGGUCCUCAAAGUGGGACAGACUGCAUAUGGCCUUCCCCCAAAGCCCAAGCCUGAUCCAGGGCGACCUAACAGCAAAAUCCCAGAUACUGAAAGUGGCUCUAAAGGGGGUGAAACCAGUGAAAGUGGCGCCGUGUCUGCGUCUAACAUUGCCCUGAUCUCCGGCGGUGCAGGGGGAGCCUUUAUCCUACUGAUCGCCAUUGUGAUUGCUGUGGUUUGCUACCGACGUCGGAAAGCCAAGCACUCCGAAACGCACCAUCCUGCCCUCACGCUCUCCUCUCUUACUCCAAAGAGGGGCAGCUCUGGUGGGACGGCGACAGGGAGCAGUGGGGGCAACAAUAAUGGCUCAGAACCCAGUGACAUCAUCAUUCCCUUGCGGACCUCUGACUCGGCCUACUGCCCCCAUUAUGAAAAAGUCAGUGGCGAUUAUGGACAUCCUGUCUACAUCGUUCAAGAGAUGCCCCCUCAGAGCCCUGCCAAUAUUUACUAUAAAGUAUGAGAUCAACAAACACAGAAAACACAUGCUGACUCUAUAGUACCUCACACACACUCUGUGUGUCCGAGCGACUCUAUAUGUUAGAGCCUGUUACUAGAACUUGAACCCGAAGUUGAGUUGAUGGUACUUUCUAGAAAAGCGGUGAAUUCUGCUUUUUAUGUCAUAGCAGCGUGUGUGCGUUUAUUUACACGUGUGUCUUUGUGUGCGACCUGAGGCGGAGUUUGGAUUAACGACUUCACAUGUGCUCCGGCACAAGUGAAUGGACGUCACACACCUGUUCGAGACGAGUUUAUACGUCCAUUCUGAUGGUUGGAUUUAUUGUGCUUAACCUCAGAACCAAACAGUAGAGAAUGAGACUUUUAAGUGAAAAAUAAUAACUAUAAAUAAUAUAAGUACUUCAUACAUUUUAUACUUUAGGGGGAAAUUCACUAAAGGCGCGUUUACAUGAAAUAAAAACUGAAAACAUCAUGAGUACUUGAUAGCCAUAACAGCUAUGGUGGAUUACAGGACCAUAUUUAUGCAGACAUAUAGUGUUUCUUUACCAAGUUGCCACCUACUGGCCUGGCCGAUGUAGUGCAACUUUGAUUUAGUCAUUUUCCCAUAUCUGAAAAUGAGGAUCAUUUGACUCCUCUUCAAAAAAGUGCAAAAGAAAAACAAAUCCGUUUUCAGUACAUUGUUGUCAUGUAAACGAACUCUAAUUGUGCUUGCUGUUUGCGUUGUUUAUUUGCACUGUGCGGGUUAUUUUACCACCACUACAUUCACUACAGGAAAUCUGGCAACAAUAAAGGUACAUUCAGAAGAACUCCAUUUUAGGCUGCAUUGUGACCUAGCACAAUCUGUUAAAGUAAAGGACUGUACUGUAAAGCAGUGGUCCCCAACCUUUUUUUUAUCAUCGUGGACCGGUUAACGCAUGACUGGGGGUUCGUAGGUUGCUAGGUGACCAUCAACAGUUUUCUCAGAGGAUGACAAGUUGACAUUGCUGUCACUCUGACACAAGUUUUAUUUAUGGAGAAAAAUUACAAAGCACUGCUGUGUUUGGGUGUUCUGUGUUUUCUUAUAUUCCAUACAAAGUAGAAGGCUAAUUGGUCAGAUCUUGUCACGUGACUCGCAGUGCGCUCGCGACAUUCAUUCAGCUUGUGUGCUUCUGGAAGGUGAAAGUGCGUCACGCCGCUUGUACGCACAAGCUGCACAUCUCCAUUGGAAAUAACAAACUUGCAUAAACUCUAGAAAAGACGCGAUAUGCGAACAUCAUUUGCAAAUUUUCAGCAGUUGAUCUUCUUGCACAGACAUGCUGGAUUCACCUGAUUUGUUGACACCUGGGUUGCGGAUCCAUUCCUUGGCAGUUGUUUGGGUCUUUUACUGGGCCUUUUUUCUCAACAAAACUACAAUGACUACAAUGAAUAGCUUAUUUUGCUACUUGUGGGUUAAAGACGUAAGCAAGAGAAUACGGUCAUUUUUCAAAAUAAACGAUCGUUCAGACUCGGAUUAUAAAUUAAACGGAAGUGCUAAUGAUUUCUUGUGCAGCCCGGUACCAAAUGAGCACCGUGGCCUGGGGAUUGAGGACCACUGCUCUAAAGAAUCGCUUAGAACUAUAAUAGAGUAUCCAAACGGUUGAAAAGGCUUUUGAAACCCAUUGUAUCUACAAAUCAUUCAGUUUCUCCAUCCUUUGAUCUUUAUUUCACAAAUUUAAAUUCACAGUCAUUAUUGCAAAUUUUUUAAUCGGUUUGGUUAGUGUCUUCUAAUACUCUAUUCACACCAAACCUGAUGAAAAGUCGCCUUUGCACAUUUGCAUUGACUUUGUAUGUAAUCUACUCAUGUGAAUGCUUCGUUUCACUUUUAGUGUGAACUAGGCAUAAUGCGGUCCAGGGAAAACCAUGGAAUUAACACUUCCUGCCCUGAUCCAAUGAUGAAUGAUCCAACAUUUUUAGCAUCAUCAGCUGGAUCCAGUAGAAUGUUUCAUGUUUUUCUGUAAUACGGCAGAUUUGCUUUAAAAGAAGUUUUGCACUGCAAUGUACGUUUUUAAAAACAUUUUAGCUUAAAUUGUGCAUUUGUUAAGCUGGAUUGUUUGUGGUUUGUGAAUGAGGCACAGAGAGUACCACACGCAAAACUAGCUGAAGCGUUUAGUGAAUUCUCCCCUCUAUGUUUUGUUUUUCUCAUUUCACCCGACUGUAAAUGUUUGUCUUUUCUGCACUCAGACCUCCAUCUGAUUUAUUUAUUGUGCAUCAAAGAAACAGUUUUUCAUUCCUUCCACUUCAUCAGCUUCCUAUCCCAACUCCUCAGUACCAGCUUGUUUGUUUUUGAGGAUUGUUUUUUUUAAACAUUUUUAUGCGAGCUGCAGGAAUCGCAUGUGGAGGAGGUGUAGACAAAUGAUGGACUGUUUCAGUUCGAGACUCUUCCAAGAGGUCGCUGGUCAAAGUUAAGCGCUCCCAGAAAAACCCCUCUGCGUCGUGCUGAAGUCCUUCAUCGUGAUGAUUUGAGGGCUUCUUCAUCUCUUCCUGGGCUUUUGAAGUACUGCGUACGCCAUGAUAAACUGCUUACUUGCUGUAGACACACAAUCCCAAACUUAUACACACUUAACACGCACAUGCACAUUACAGCGGUUUGUGUUUUUAUCUUUUAACCCCGGCAGAUGGACUCCAGCUGUGUGCCUGUAUGUGUUUCAAAGCUUCGUGAUUGUGAUUCAGGCUGAAGACAGCAGGACUAAGAACCGAGAACUCGACUCACAAACUCUUGAGUGUUACACAUCUCCGUUGCUUGGUUACGAUUUUGUCUCGACUCUCAUUAUCACAUUUCGGGUGAUGUCUCCAAAAAAACAUCACUGACAUUCUCACCUCGUGCCAGCUUGAGGCUUCAGGUCCACCUGAGUUAUAUUACUGGAAGAGACGUGACAUCAUCACCUGAUGUAAGAGGAGACUGUAUGUUACUGGCUGGAGUGACCUGACCUUCAUGGUUCAGACUUUCCAUGUUGAGUUAUUGUCUGACAUAAUUUCGACAAAUGGGUCAAUUCCAGAAAUUGCACCUUUGUCAUUUUUUGUUCUUCGCAUUUCGUUCCUUUUGACAGUGUUGAUUCGUUUGUAUAUUGAGUAAAUGAGAAUAUUUUGAAUGGAGAAAAAGCUAAUCGUUUUAUCCAACCUACCCUUCUUGUGGCCAUGGUAACCCUCGAUGAUUACUGGCGAUGGGAGCAUUAGGGAAUUUAACGAUUGUGGUUUUGAUUUCCCUUAACGGUUCCAUUGAUAUUUCCUAUAGUACUUCUGAGGAAGACAUAUUUGAGAAAAAGAAAAUAAAUGCAAUUUUUAUUGCAUCGCUGUCCUCGUCAAUCUGUUGCCAAAGGAAGUUUAAUAAAAAAUGUUCAGAGCCUUUUUUUAAUGGCGAAAUAAAUGAAAUCCAAUAAUUUGAGCUAACCAUGUAUUAAAAAGACUAAAUGUCACAAA